GCGGAGAUCUGACUUUCAGAUGGCCAGACGUGGCAGUCUACAGUCUCUUGAAGAGCAUCUUCGUUGCCCUGUGUGCCUGGAAGUCUUCUCCGAACCUCUCAUGCUGCAAUGCGGUCACUCGUACUGUCGAGGUUGCGUGCGUUCACUAACCAUGGACCCACUUGGCCAGCUCCAGUGCCCCAUAUGCCGCUGUGCUGUGGAUGUUGACAACUCUCCACCCAACGUGGCACUGGCUCGCAUUGUGGAAGCCCUGCAGGAGAUCAGUGGACCUGGGCACGGGCCACCAGAGACAUGCAACCAGCACCAUAACCCCUUAAGUCUUUACUGUGAGGAGGACCAGGCACUGAUCUGCGGACUGUGUGGCAGCAUUGGAGGCCAUCGGGCACAUAAGGUCACCCCCAUCAGCAGCGUCUACAGUCGUAUGAAGGAGGACAUUUCAUCUUUAAUGACUGAGUUCCAGACCCAGAAGAGAAAGCUGGAAGAGCAGAUUUGUAAAAUGGCCUACAACAAGUCUCGCAUUACAAACGAGUCUGAUGUGCUGAAGUGGGUGGUGCGGAAGGAGUUUGGAGAGAUACGGCAUUAUGUGGAGCUCGAGGAGGCCAGAUUCAUGCAGAAAGUGGAGAGCACAACCUCCACCCUUAUCUCCUCCAUCCAAGUCCAGUCUGACCAACUCAGCCAACAUCUGACAAAAUUUCAGGAAGCUGAAAACAUACUUGAAUCUCUGAGUAAUGAAAGUCAUCUGGACUUUAUCACUAAAUAUGGAUCCAUUGCCCCAAGGCUAAGAGAGAGCCAACAAAAGGAACAGAGAAAGGAGAGGACCUACAGCUCUGUUAGCUUCAAACCAGGUUUCAAUCACAGUGAUGUCAAGAUUGCAGUAUGGAAGCGUUUACACAGGAGAGUUCUACCAGCUCCCGAAUGUCUAAAAUUUGACCCUCUCACUGCUCACCCCCUGCUAAAGCUGAGUAAAAACAACACCCGCGUGGAGUGUGGUGUCCUUAUCAACCGCCUGCCCAACAACCCUGAGCGUUUCAGCUACAGCUAUUGUGUGCUGGCCGGUCGUGGCUUUUCUUCAGGCAAACACUACUGGGAGGUCCAGGUAGGACGGAAAACAAAGUGGCGGUUGGGACUAAUCAAAGGGACCACCUGCCGUAAGAGUAAGCUUCCUAAAAGCCCUGAGGGUGGGGUGUGGCUGAUUGGCCUGAAAGAGGGACGGCUGUAUGAGGCUUUCUCCUCCAGCUCCGGUCCUCGCGUUACUCUUCCCCUUACGACACAGCCACAUCGUUUGGGGCUUUUCCUGGACUAUGAGAAAGGAGAGAUGACAUUUUAUAAUGCUGACAGUCCUGACGAGCUCGGGUUCAUUUAUUCAUAUCAGACUGAGCUGCAGGGUAAAGUUUACCCGCUGUUUGAUGUGUGCUGGCAUGAGCGCGGUGCCAACAAUCUGCCAGUCUGUCUGCCUCAGUCAGUCACUGAGGCAUAA